AUGCUUCGGCCAGUGUCCCAAGAUGUGGGGCCAUGGGUGGGCUUUCCAGAGUAUGCAUUGUCAACUGUCCAGCGAGAGUGUGCUCGUUUUGCAAAAUCAAGAGCAGAGGUGCAGCGUCAACUCAAUAAUUUCGACGAAUCGCAAUCUACAUAUGAAUUUAAAAGCCUUUUGGAAAAGAUGAACAUGAUACUGCUGACAUUGUCACACGACCAACGCGUGCUAGAUGUUUCUGAACCCGUCAUAUGGCAUACUGACUUGCAUUUGGGAAAUAUCUUUGUCUCGCCAAACGAGCCUGGUAUUAUUGAAGGAAUCAUCAAUUAG